GCGGUUUGGUGGUUCAAAUCCGUAGUGCCACAUAACGGACACGGAAGCUACCCACGUGUUUUUUCACAUGAGAUUUUGCUGAAAACUGCUGAGAAAUAACUGGCGUCUUGACUACUUUGUUAUCAUCUGGUUGAAGUCCUCCUCCCUUCUGCUCCGUUGUGACUUUUCUCCUUCCUUAAAGAAUUCCUGUUUCCUAGUUAAUGGACAACAUGGCUUGGAAUGGGUGUAGGAAUUGUUCAUACCUGGUGGGCCAAGAAGAAGAUCCUUGUUCACGCUGUUGACUCCUGGGGUUGAGAAAUAAGUGAGAUCUUCUCCAAAGUGGACCUUCACAGGAGCCAGGGAGCCAUGCCCUGCCAGCGUCGUCCACGGGCAGCCAGCGACACGCCCCGAGAAGACCUCUUCUAUCAAACCUAUUAUUGCUUGAGCCAACAGUACCCUCUGAUUCUUCUUCUCUUGGUUAUCGUGCUGAGCAUCUGUGUGGCUCUCAUUGCUACCACCUUUUCCAGCGACAAGGAUUUCUCCUCCAACUUGGCUUUCCUGAUUACGUUGUUCAUCGCUCUGCUCAUCUUCAGCCUGAUCUUGGUCUUUGUGUGCAUGGAAAACAUCUUCCAGAGAUGCACCCGCCUCUUCUCAGCUGUCAUUUGGACUUGUCUGAUCACAAUGGGUUACAUAUUCAUCUUUGUCGGUGGAGUGGUGUGUGCUUGGGACCAGGUCUCCUUCUUCCUCUUCAUAAUCUUCAUUGUUUACACCAUGUUGCCUGUUGGCAUGAAAGACGCCAUAGUUGCCGGUGUAGUAGCUUCUCUCUCGCACAUCAUAGUUCUGAGUAUCUACCUCUCAAUGGGCCACAGCUCACCUUCACAACUGGCUGUGCAGCAACUUGCCAAUCUAGUCAUCUUUGUCUGUGGUAACUUGGUGGGUGCCUACCACAAGUAUUUGAUGGAAGUGGCCCUGGGUGAGACCUUCCAUGAGACCUUCAACCUCAUCCAAUCUCGAGUUAAGCUGGAGUCGGAGAAGCGACACCAGGAACAUUUGCUCCUCUCCAUCCUCCCUGCUUACAUUGCCUUGGAAAUGAAGGCUGAGAUCAUUGAGAGACUCCGGGAUGGAGACCAGCCCCAGGGUCCGCAUGAAAGUGCCAACAACUUCCACAAUCUUUAUGUCAAGAGGCACCAGAAUGUCAGCAUCCUCUAUGCAGAUAUUGUUGGCUUCACACUUCUGGCCAGUGAAUGUUCUCCCAAAGAGCUGGUGUUGAUGCUCAAUGAACUCUUUGGCAAGUUUGAUCAGAUUGCCAAGGAUAAUGAAUGCAUGAGGAUCAAGAUCUUAGGGGAUUGCUACUAUUGUGUGUCUGGAUUGCCUGUAUCUUUGCCGAACCAUGCCCGGAAUUGCGUCAAGAUGGGGCUUGACAUGUGCCGGUCCAUUAAGAAGCUGCGUGAUGCCACCGGAGUGGACAUCAAUAUGAGAGUUGGAGUCCAUUCGGGAAAUGUCCUGUGUGGGGUGAUAGGUCUUCAAAAGUGGCAAUAUGAUGUCUGGUCUGAUGAUGUGACAUUAGCCAAUCACAUGGAGGCAGGAGGCGUGCCAGGGAGAGUUCACAUCACAGAAGCUACCUUGUCACACCUGGGUGGAAUGUACACCGUGGAGGAAGUUUGCUGUGUGCGAGACACUUACUUGAGGGAGAACCGCAUCAAGACUUUCUUAGUUGUUGAUCCCAAAGCUGAAGAAGAAAGUUCUCAUGACCUUCUCUCACCUGCACCGGGUGAGAGCCUCACGAUGAGGGCCUCUGUCCGGAUGACUCGCUACCUGGAAUCAUGGGGAGCUGCCAAACCUUUUGCCAACUUCAAACCUCUGGAUAAUCUCCCAGCAGAGGCAACAGGAUUUGUUCGGAAUAACCAUUCGGAUAUCUCUUUGGGAUCUUUGACAAUGGAACGGUGCCGUGCCCCCAGGAGCCCUGAUGAAGACUUGGAAGGUGUGGACGAGAAGUUCUUCCAACUGAUUGAACAGCUGAAUUCCCAGAAGCAAUGGAAGAAAUCUGAAGACUUCAACUGCAUCACAUUGUACUUCAAGCAGGAAUCUCUGGAGAAGGAGUACCGGCUUUCACCAUUACCAUCUUUUAAUUACUAUACGGCCUGCAGCUUCCUGGUCUUCGUUUCCAACUUUCUCAUCCAGAUCCUUGUCGUUUAUAAAACAGAAGCACUGGGGAUCUCCUAUGGAAUUUCUUUCUUCUUGUUUCUCCUCCUCCUUCUCACCUGCUUUUCUGGUCACCUGGCGAAAUGUUUCCUGAAAGGUCCCAAGAUCUUCUAUUGGGUUCCAUCCAUCUUGGCCAAUGUUUGCACUCAACCAUGGCUACGUGUCUCCUUGGGCAUCAUCACUAUUCUUGUGGUUCUCACAAUGUCAGUGUUGAACUUGUUCUUUAUGCCAGAAACCUCAUGCUUUGUGAAGCUUGAAAAUUCUACCUUAUCAAGCAUGAAUACUGUACAGGAAUUCUCUCGGUUUAACUCCCUCUUCAGUGUGCCGUAUUAUAUCUACUGCUGUGUCCUGGGAUUCCUCUCGUGCUCCCUCUUCCUCCACAUGAACUUCGAGCUCAAGUUGACCAUGCUGAUACUGUGUCUUGUCGUCUACAAUGUGCUCUUCCUUCACACCCAUUCCUGGCUCUCUGACUGCUAUGUCUCUCAGCUGUACCAUAACCAAACUGCACUCAGAAUGAGUAUUACUGCCGCUUAGAUUUUCUCUGGAAGAAGAAGUUCAAGAAAGAACGUGAAGAGAUUGAAACCAUGGAGAACCUCAACCGGGUCCUGUUGGAAAACGUUCUCCCAGCUGAUGUAGCCCAGCAGUUCAUUCGCCAGAACCGGCGCAAUACGGAUCUCUAUCACCAAUCUUAUGAUUGUGUCUGUGUUCUCUUCGCUUCGAUCCCGGACUUCAAAGAAUUUUAUUCUGAAUCCAACGUCAACCAUGAGGGACUUGAAUGCCUCCGACUGCUCAACGAGAUCAUUGCUGACUUUGAUGAGCUGCUUCUGAAACCGAAAUUCAGUGGGGUUGAGAAGAUCAAAACCAUUGGAAGCACUUACAUGGCAGCUACUGGCUUAAACGUGGCAGCUGGCCAGGAUAGCCAACAGGUGAUGUCUUCAUUUAGGAUGACUCUACUCAUCCUGAAUCUUUCAACGGGAAUGAGAUUUCAUGCUCUGUUUCCACAUUAGCAUAUUCACAGGCAUAGAUUUGGUGCUUAU